AUGGCUCAGACCAUCAAACCUACCAGCCGAGACCAGUUUCACAUAGCCAUCAUAUGCGCUCUGCCACGGGAAGCCGAUGCUGUCAUGCUGCUAUUUGAUGAAUUCUGGGACGAAGACGGCGAUCCAUUUGGACGAGCAAAUGGCGACUCAAACACUUACACGACUGGUUGUAUCGGAAAACACAAUGUUGUCCUCGCUGUACUCCCAGGUAUGGGCACCAACAACGCGGCCUCGGCUACAGCGAGUCUACGAUCAAGCUACAGCAAUCUCAAACUUGCAUUGCUCGUCGGCAUUUGCGGCGGCGUGCCCCGGAUCGGAGACGACGAUGUUUUUCUGGGCGACGUUGUAGUAAGCAAGGCGAUUGUCCAGUAUGACUUUGGCCGACAGUACCCGGGGGCCUUUGAGAUUAAAAAUACCAUCGAAGAUAGCCUUGGUAGGGCAAAUAAGGACCUUCGCGGAUUGCUGGCAUACUUUGAAACUGAGCGUAUGAGGGAACGGCUGCUAACCAAAUCGGCGGACUAUCUAAAGCAAUUGCAAGAAGCCGCGAGGAGGAAAAGACGACGAGCAAAAUACCAGAAUCCUGGGGCCAUUCAAAACAAACUCUUUUCACGGGAUUAUAUCCAUCGGCACCCAUUAGAGUCAUGCGAUACAUGCAGUGAUUUAGACAGCUCGGGAGAGAUUUGCGAAGCAGCGUCCAAGGCAUCUUGCGCAGAUUUGGGUUGCGAUGAAGAUGAGCUUGUCAAAAGAGAUGCUUUCGAUGAUGGCGGCUUCAAUAUCUUCAUUGGACGGAUUGGCUCGGGCAAUACGGUAAUGAAGAGUGGAAAAGACCGAGACUGGAUUGCCUCCCAGCAUAACCUCAUUGCGUUCGAGAUGGAGGGCGCAGGAGCUUGGGACGAGAUCCCUUGCUUAGUGGUCAAGGGUGUUUGCGACUAUGCAGACAGCCACAAGAAUAAGCAAUGGCAAGACUUUGCGGCUGCCACUGGGGCUUGCGUGAUGAAGGCCAUCUUGGAUCGCUAUGUCGUGGCUGAGGGGGCUCAAGGUUCGGCAUUGGCUCAGACAAAUGGUGAGAUUUGA